CAGCAAUGUAAAACAAUAACCAGUGUCCUCAUCGCGCUGCCGUUCGCAUUUCUUAAACCUGCAUCAAAUAUUCUUUUUACCACCAAUAUCCGCUUACCCAGAAGCCCUCCAAACGAUAGGUAUUGAUCCAAUAUACCAGCUAUGGCACCCCUAUUUCUUGACUGGAAUAAUGGCACGCAAAACUUGAGCCUGCUGAGUUCUUUCGUCGAAUGGCUAUCUCAGCCCGACGUCCUUACCGUCAUCAUGGCGUGGGCUAUUACAUUUACUGCCGUUUGCACGCUAAUACUCUGCCUGGGCUUUGGGCCUGCUGGUAUCGGAGCAGGAACCAUCGCGGCUGCGUUUCAAUCAUACAUGUAUGGGGCCUUCACGCCAGCAGGGGGGAUUUUCGCGACUUUGACGAGCAUGGCCAUGCUAGGCAAAAUGAUGCCACAGGCUGCUAUUCUCGCCGUGGUUAUCGCAACAUGCGUGGCCAUACUCGUAUGGGUCUGGGGCAUUGGCAGAUGAUUCGACGGCUGUAGCAAUUCUAGGAUCUCAGCAAUCUCACGACGCGACUAGUUUUGGUCUUUUAUGCAUUUCAAUCUCUAUUGUAUUGCGUCCUUCCGAGCGCGUUACUUUCCUGCGGCAGAUGUGUCGAGGUCUUGAAAGGCAGCCAGUCUUAAGAGGCUAAAAUACUGGUAUAAUGAAGCUCUAUGAUUACACAAGGCUUAUUCAAUAAUUUGUUUACUAAACAAGCUCAAUAGCAGUACAUGUUACUUCUUGUAUUGCUCCAUUGCCUAACCACAGAGCAUCCACGUUCAAUGUUUGUUUUCAUACAACGCCGUAAUCCAGGCAUCUGUCCAGAGAAUUCUAAACAUGCCACAUAGAAUACCCUUUAUGUAGAGAAUAUGAAGGUGAAUGCUCAGCAAAAUAAAAUAAUUCGAG